AUGUCUGAGCAUCGCCACCGCUCUCGCCAAACAGCAGCAUCCCUUGGUCUUUCAAAAGAUCAGUAUACUGAGAUUGAGGAAGCCUUUAAUAUCUUCGAUGCUGACCAAAGUGGAUCUAUCGAUGAAAAGGAAUUGCAGACAGCUUUCAGAGCAAUGGGCUUCACAGUUUCAGAAAAGGAGAUCGAAGAAAUCAUGAGAAAUUAUGAUACAAAGGGCAAGCAUGCUCUUGAUAAGAAAGAUUUCUUCACAGUUUGCUCAAACCUUGUUGCCAAGCGCGAUCCACUUAAGCACAUCAAGAGAUUAUUCCUUCUCUUCAGCCAGGAUCACGAAUACAUCAAGAUCAAGGAUCUCAGAAGAAUUGCCAAGGAACUUGGAGAAGAAAUGACCGAAGCAGAAUUACAAGAAAUGAUUGAUCGUUUCGAUACCGAUAAGGAUGGAAUGAUUAGCGAAGCCGAAUUUAUCUCAAUCAUGGAUCCUGCUAAGAAGUACGGAAAAUAA